AAUACCCAAAAAUCACACACAAAGUUGUGGUCUUCGUGCACUUAACCUUUCCCUCUAUAAAAGACCCAAAACCUCUACCCUCUCCGCACCGACCCAUCUCUCUUCUCCUUCAUCUCCUCCGCCGGAGCUUAAUUGCUUCGCCGUUUUUUAUCUUCUCGCAGUUCAUUUCCCAUGGCGGCCGGCUUAUCCGCUGCCGUACCCCUUAAAACUUUCCGUUCAUUUCAUCCCUCACCCAAGCCAAGGCUAGUUUUCAACCCUCUACUUCGCCUCCCACAGCUAACACACGGUGCUCGAAAGGAGACAAGGCUUUCCAUUUGUUUCGUGUUGGAGGAACAAAAACAUGUUGAACCCCUGACCGUAGUGAAUCUCGUAGAAGAAGGAUCUGGUUCCGAGGAUUUUGGGAACAAACAGAUCUUAAUACCUCCACAUGUGGCGGAGAAAUUAGCUAGAAAAAAAUCCGAAAGGUUCACUUACUUGGUCGCUGCUGUCAUGUCUAGUUUCGGUAUCACUUCCAUGGCUAUCAUGGCUGUUUAUUAUAGAUUUUCAUGGCAAAUGGAGGGAGGAGAAGUGCCCCUGUCUGAAAUGUUCGGCACAUUUGCCCUAUCUGUUGGCGCCGCCGUAGGCAUGGAGUUUUGGGCUAGGUGGGCACAUCGAGCUCUCUGGCAUGCUUCCUUAUGGCAUAUGCAUGAGUCUCACCAUCGACCAAGAGAAGGUCCGUUCGAACUAAACGACGUUUUCGCCAUUAUAAACGCCGUUCCAGCUAUAGCCCUUCUGUCUUACGGUUUCUUCAACAAAGGACUUGUACCUGGUCUAUGUUUUGGUGCUGGUCUUGGGAUUACUGUGUUUGGAAUGGCUUACAUGUUCGUCCACGAUGGUCUCGUGCACAAGAGAUUCCCGGUGGGACCUAUUGCCAACGUGCCUUAUUUCAGAAAAGUUGCGGCGGCUCACCAGCUCCAUCAUUCAGAAAAAUUCCAAGGUGUCCCAUAUGGGCUGUUUCUAGGACCUAAGGAACUAGAGGAAGUGGGUGGACUUGAAGAAUUGGAGAAAGAGAUCAAUAGAAGAAUAAAAUCUAGCAAGAGUUUAUGAAUCAUAUGAUGGAAUUAUUAUAAUUAUAAUUCCACUGUUUUAAAAGGGGCUCUCUCUCUCUCUCUCUCGCUCUAACUAAUUAUAUUAGUGUAGAGAAAAAAUAUUUUGUCAUUAUCAUAAAAUGGAAAAUAGCUUUGUUUUUAUCAUUGUUGUUUUCCUAUUAUACCCUACUAGGGGGCCCAUGUAUAAAUAUAUAUACAAUUUUCUUUUCUUUUGCAAUCAAAUAACUAUAUAUAUUGUACAUA